CCUCAAAUUUGGGCUUUCUGUUCACGAUCCCAAGAUCCUCGUUGCCGAAAUCUCGCGGGAUUGUCCCAGCUGAGAGGAUGGACGAAAGAUGGCGUACGAAGAGGGUAACAGGAUUUGCGGGUUCGCGAAUGUGUGAACCUCACACCAUGUUGUUCUGCUUUCUCCGUAUUUGUGCUUUGCUAGUCUCUACUGCCCGUUUGUGAUAGAAAUUCUGAAAAUCAGCUUGAUUCUCCAGGCUCAUGCGCCUUUGGUUCUUGAACCUAGGACUGCUGGUCAUUAUAAAAUCUUGGACCUGUUGUAGUUUAUCCCACCCUGCUUCUGUGGCCGCUAAUAUAGGCUUCGCGUUCUCUGUUUCCAGUUAGUCAUCACCUGUCAGAAUCGAUCUCAAAUAUGGCUGCUUCAUUGAGAGCAGGGGUGCUCUCAGGCAGUCAGGUCGGCCGUUUAUCGACCGGUUUAACCAGCAGUCUUGCUGGUAAAAGGCUAUCGUUUCAAUCGUCGGUCCGACUCCCGUUGCGGACUCGAAAACUGCAUGGCGUUCGAGCUGUAGCUGAGGAUAACAAGGUGAAGGAGGAGCUCCAGAAAAUCGCAUCUGAAGCAAGUAAGACCUUCCAGAAGAUCACAGAAGACGCUUCUCACGCCUUAGAAGACGCCGCUCAUGCUAUCGAGGACAAAGUUAAGCUCCCUACCCCCGACGAGCUGCAAGUGCUUCAGGUGCAAACACAGCAAGCCGCAGCAGAGGUGAAACAUAAAGCUGAGGUUCUGGCCGAGCAACUUAAGGUUCAAGCUGAGAAGGCGAAGGUGCAGAUUAAGGAGCAGGCGGACAAAGCGUCGCACCAGAUAGAGGAAGUGCUGCAUCACGUGGAAGAGAAUAAGGAGCAGAUUGCUGCUGUGGCUAAGGACGCUCCGGAGCCGAUUAGGGAAAUAGUGGAGACUGCUAUUUCGUCACAUUCUCGGGACGCCAUAAGACGAGGCGCUGUGAUUCAUGACUUCUGCCUAGGAAUUCCAUACGGUGCUCUGCUGGUGGUUGGAGGAGUGCUCUGGUUCACUCUGGCAGGGAGCCUGAACGCCCUUCGAUUUGGCCUGAUUCUGGGUGGUUGUAUCCUCGCGAGUAGCAUCUCCAGCCUCCAUGCUUGGCAGAAUCACCGUCCUUCAUCUGUCUACAUUGCAGUCCAAGGAGCACUCACAAGCCUUGUUUUCGUCAAUGAAGCAUCUCGCUUCGCUAUGACCAAGGCGCUAUUUCCGACUGGCUUGGCUGCAGUUGCAAGCAUCCUGAUGGUUGCCUUUUACACGUACAUAUACAUGUCUGGAGGAAACCGUCCCAAGGCACAAGCGUCAAACCUCUCGUAGACCUCACAUCACAUUUACUCCACAGCUGCUCAACAGGGCAAUCUUUGUCUGCUGAGAAGUGUGUUGAUAGGCAUGGCAAGCAUUGUUUGUGCUCCAUAUUGAUUGUGUAACAGCAAACGCAUGACCUUGCCCUUCAUCUUGUGCCAAUGUAAUACGAACUCAUCAUUUCUGCCAUC